AAUUCAUUAAAAGUAUGCUAACCCCGCUUGGAAUGGAGCUAACGUAGAUACACCGAUCUGGUUGAGCAGAUUUAACUCGUUAGUUGUUUUGGUAAACGGUUAGUAGGACGGACUCCACCGCCACCUGGCUGCUGGUUAAUGGUUAGCUGGAGUGUUUGGUUGUUAGCGUGUUACCGGCUCAGUUAGCUGACUGCUAGCAGGCGACCGUAUAUCAACAUGGGAGACCUGUUGGAUCAACAUGACGUGGAAAAGGCCAAAAACUUCUGGACUGAGGAGGAUGUGGACCAGGUUUUCAGUUGGGUAUCUGAGUACCUGGACCACCUGAAGAGGGUGGUGAAGAAAAACACGGCCACAGAUAAAGAGUACGUUCAGGCCUUCCGGCUGCUGGAGACUCUGGAUUACUCCUCCUCGGUCUCCCUUCAGGACCAGGACUCCUCGGUGGUCCAGGUGGUCAUCGGCUCAGGUGAGCUGCUGCCUGCGGAGUUCUCCCAUCAAAGCUCGCCGUCCCCCUCUGGCUCCCCACCUCCCCCCAUCGAUGAGCCAGGCGGCUUGGUGGCGCCCCCCGCUGGCAGGGAGGAGCUGCUGCCUCCUCUGGCUCCGGUCCAGCUGGACUACAAGCCCCACUCCUGCUCCAAGGUCUGCCUGUCCAGGUUACCCAGAAUGCCUCAGUCCACGCCUCCGUUCUGGGGUCAGAACCCCCUGAAGGUGCCGCUGCUCUGCGGCUUCAAGAGGCUGAGCGCCAUGCCGCUGAUGUCAUCGCCGGGAGGAGAGGGAGGCUGGGACGAGAAGGAGGCGGACUGGAGCGACUGGGACGUCAUUUAUAAAACGCCGUGCGGGCAGAGCCUCCGUAACUAUGACGACGUCAUGUGUUUCCUGGUGGCCACGGAGAGCUACGACAUGCUGCAGGUCGACUUCUUCACCUUCAACCCCUCCAUUCAGUUGGACCCUCCCCCUGCGCCGGGCCCUCACCACCCGGAGCAGGACCUGAGCCGGGGGGCGGAGCCGACGCCGGUGGAGCUGUGCGUUGGCGUCGGCGGCGCCCGACCGGCCAACUUCCGUUACAGGAAGGACCGCUGGCCUCACGGCUGCUUCCUGAGCCGCGGCCCCACGCUGUUCCACGCCUGCUGCGACUGCGACGACGGCUGUAGCGACGUGGAGAGCUGCGCCUGCAUCGCCAUGACGACCGGGGGGCGGGGAUACAGCCAUCACCGGCUGCUGGAGGCUGUACCGUCGGGGCUGUUUGAAUGUGGUCCGUGGUGCGACUGCAACCGGUCUCGCUGCCAGAACCGACUGGUGCAGAGGGGCAUCAGAGUCCGCCUUCAGGUCUUCCAGACCGCGGACCGCGGCUGGGGCGUCCGUUGCCGUGACGACCUGGACCGCGGCACAUUCGUGUGCAUCUACGCAGGUGUGGUUCUACAGAGGGCCCCCAGUCCCAACGACCUGCCCCCCCCAAAGCUGUCCAGGGCCGACUUUCCGUCUGACGACGAGGUGGAGGUCGUCACGGAGUGGCUGGCCCCAUCGGUGCUGGAGGGGCGGGGCAACCUGUUGGAAACGCCACCUCCUGUUUCCCCAGCAACACCCCUGCACGUCCCUGUGAUCCAGAGACCGGCUGAAUGCAACGCUGCACCUCCAGAGCUGGAGAAGGUCCAGGUGGUGAUGGUUGGAGGUCCAGAGUCCUCGUCUCCUCCUGCAGGUGACCUGGAUAACAAGAAGGUUGCCACGACAACAGCAGCCAAGGGCGUGAAUGGCGAGUUGAGGGGCAGCCACCUGAGUCUGAAAAGAGCGGCGGUGAUGGAGGACGUUUGCUUCGUAGACGGCAGCAAGGAGGGAAACGUGAGCCGGUUCAUCAACCACAGCUGCCAGCCGAACCUGUUCAUCCAGAACGUCUUCACCGACUCCCACGACCCCGACUUCCCCGUCGCUGCCUUCUUCACCAGCAGGGUGGUGAAGGCCGGCACCGAGCUCACCUGGAAUUACUGCGCUGAUGCAGACGCCGCCGGGCAGAAACAGGAAGUACCGUGUCUCUGCCAUAGCGACGGUUGCCGUGGAUGGCUUCACCUCGAGGAGAACCUGUGUGACGUCUGUGAUGCUGAAGGUGCUGCAGGGAUGGAGGCUUCCUGAUUCUCUGCACAUCUAAAUGUAGUUUUGAAGUAAAAUUCACUUUUUCUACUGAAGUUUGUAAUAAAAUAUUUUCAGAUUUAACUCAAAUCAGACUGAGA